CUAAGAUCACUGAGAUUAGAAAGAAGUAUUCUGAAAUUGAGAUUGAAAAUGUAAAGUUAAAACAGGUUAUAGAAGAGAAAGAUUUAUAUAUGAAAUUAAGAGAUAUUGAGCUUAAUAACAGAAUUAUAGAAUUGGAAUGGUUUGUGAAGAAAUAUGCUGAGAAUGCAAGACAAAGUCAGACAAAAAAUUCUAAACUUAAGGAUACAGUUGCUAAUUUAGAACAAGAGUUUAAGAAGUAUGAAUUACAAUUAUUGGCCUGCUCACUAUUAUUACCAAUUUCCAAACUAGAAAAACAUGAAUCUACCUCUCAAAUUGAGAACCAGAAUUUAACCAUCACUUUACAAAAGAAUAUUAAUAUUUUGCAAUCUUCAAUUUGCUUAAAAUUACUAGUAAUUUCUCAGCUAAAGAGUAGCUCACAAUUAUCUAUCUCAAAUAUUAAAAUUCAUAUUGACAAAGAAAUUGAUACAGACUCUAUAUCCUAA